AUGGAGCACAGCCUUGCCGAGGACUCACCCUCGACCGUAUCAACAACUCAGUCCACGGUCUUCCGUCUCAUGGAUCUGCCACCAGAAUUACGUGAGGAGAUAUAUUACCACGCCUCGCCAUCAUUCCCACCUCUGGAGACCAGCAAACCAGACAUCGCUCGAGUUCCGGCGAUUGCACAGCUAUCACGGCAGACUCGGAACGAAGCAUUGGCCAUCUUCUACAAAAACAGAGACAUCCACAUGCGUCUCCACACGGAUGAAGAUAUCCUGAGUGCAACAGGCUGGCUGGACGCCUGUGCGAAGAAUGCCGAACUAUCCCACAAGAUCACCAUUUCCGGGCUCUUCACUCGUUUGAGCACCUUCACUCUUGUCAUAUCGUGCCAGAAGAAAGAUCCUCAGUUUACCGUGGACGUUCAAUCUAGCAUCGAGGAGGAGUUUCGGGGAAUCGUCAAACACACGAAGAAAGGUGUCCGCAUAAUGAAGGACGAAGUCUCGAACUACCUGGAAAAUAAGACAGUGCGGCGUCCAGAGGACCGCAGAGGUCGGCUAACUGUGGGCGAGAUGAGGUCCAUUGUGAACAUUGUGCGGAAAGUCGCAGGCUGUGGUUGA